AUGGCCCCGCACAGAGCGGUGCGGCUGUCCCUGAAGAAGCCCACCUAUGCCGUGUGUGUGGUAGGAGUCGAGAUGUACGUGGAUAUUCACAGCGACGUGCCCCAGGAUGCCGAGAGCUUCGCGGUUUCUGGGAGCUCCGGCGUGGAGGUUUCCAUGGCCUAUGACCCAGCACGGGUGACAGUGCCCCCAGGCAAGACCCGCUGGCCCCUGGACGCCAAUGUGGACGUGACCAUAUCCGUGGACGCCGCCAGUAAGGACUUACACGAUUUCAAGGUGAAGGUCUCCUACUUCGGGCAGCAGGAGGCUGGUGCCCUGGGCCACAGCGUGCUCUACCUCACCGGUGUCGACAUCUCCCUGGACGUCGACACGGGUCGUACAGGCAAGCUGAAGAGGAGCCAUGGCGACAAGAAAACCUGGCGCUGGGGCCCUGAGGGCUAUGGGGCUGUCCUGCUGGUGAACUGUGACCGGGACAGUGCCGUGUCCGGGGGGCCCGACCUCACCAGCAGCCAGCUGGCGUCACUGGAUGACUUGCAGGACAUGUCCCCCAUGGUGCUGAGCUGCGACGGCCCAGACAGCCUCUUCGACAGCCACAAGCUGGUCUUGGAUGUGCCGUUUUCCGAUUCCAAAAGAGUGGGGGUCUUCUGUGCCAGGGGUGGGCAUUCCCUCGAGGACUACAAGCAGGUGCUGGGGCCUCAGCGUCUGUCCUACGAAGUAGAGCGGCAGCCAGGGGAGCGGAAGAUCAGCUUCUUUGUGGAGGGACUCGCCUUCCCCGAUGCUGACUUCUCGGGGCUCGUCUCCCUCAGUGUCAGCCUGGUGGACAUGGGGACCCUGCCUGAGGUGCCCCUCUUCACAGACACCGUGGUCUUCCGCGUGGCCCCCUGGAUCAUGACCCCCAACACCCAGCCCCCCCUGGAGCUGUAUGUGUGCAGUGUGGUAGACUCUCAUGGCUCAAAUAAGAAAUUUCUGGAAGACAUGUCUGACCUCGCAUUGAAAGCCAGCUGUAAGCUGAUCGUCUGCCCGCGGAUUGAAAAUAGAAAUGACCGCUGGAUCCAGGACGAGAUGGAGUUUGGCUACACCACAGCCCCUCACAAGUCCUUCCCGGUGGUCUUUGACUCCCCCCGAAACAGAGGCCUGAAGGAUUUCCCCUACAAGCGGAUCCUGGGUCCCGACUUUGGAUAUGUAACCCGGGAGAUCAAGUUCGCGGGCGCCUCCAGCCUUGACUCUUUCGGCAACCUGGACGUCAGCCCGCCCGUCACGGUGGGCGGCAAGGAGUACCCGCUGGGCCGGAUCCUCAUCGGCGGCAGCUUCCCCAGGUCCGGUGGGAAGCGGAUGGCCAAGGUGGUGCGGGACUUCCUCCAGGCCCAGCAGGUGCAAGCGCCCUUGGAGCUCUAUUCCGAUUGGCUCUCUGUGGGCCAUGUGGACGAAUUCCUGAGCUUUGUGCCCACCUCUGACCAAAAGGGUUUCCGGCUGCUCCUGGCCAGCCCCAGUGCUUGCCUCAAGCUGUUCCAAGAGAAGAAAGAGGAGGGGUACGGGGAGGCAGCCCAGUUUGACGGACUAAGACACCAAGUGAGUAUAAGCAUUAAUGAGAUGCUGGCCAACAGUCGCCUCAGGAGGGACAGUCUAUACGUACAGAAAUGCAUCGACUGGAACCGGGAGGUGCUGAAGCGGGAGCUGGGCCUGACCGAGCGGGACAUCGUGGACAUCCCCCAGCUCUUCUCCCUGAAGGGCUCCCAUGCAGAAGCCUUCUUCCCUGACAUGGUCAACAUGGUGGUCUUGGGCAAACACCUGGGCAUCCCCAAGCCCUUCGGGCCCAUCAUCAACGGCCGCUGCUGCCUGGAAGAGAAGGUGCGGUCCCUGCUGGAGCCGCUGGGCCUCCACUGUAUCUUCAUCGACGACUAUUUGUCAUACCACCAGCUGCUCGGGGAGAUCCACUGCGGCACCAACGUGCGCCGGCAGCCCUUCUCCUUCAAGUGGUGGCACAUGGUGCCCUGA